AUGGCUUCGCGUUCGUUAGCUCUUGGUCGUCAGGCCACCCGCAUUUUGCAGUCCAACGUUAAGAAAAUCGCUAUUCCAGCGGCUUCUGCUCGUCUCAGCUCGACUUCUGUCGAUUCUAAGAAGGGAAUUCACACUGAUGUUGCCACUCAGGCUGCUGCUGCCCAAACCAAGGUUUCGGCCAAGGCCACAGCUGCCAAUGCCAAGGGACGCAUCGUCGCUGUCAUCGGUGCCGUCGUUGACGUUCAGUUCGAUGAGAACCUUCCACCAAUUCUCAACGGUCUUGAAGUCGUUGGACGCUCACCAAGACUCAUCCUUGAGGUUUCUCAACAUCUUGGAGAUAACGUUGUCAGAUGCAUUGCUAUGGACGGAACUGAAGGUCUUGUCCGUGGACAGCCAGUCGCUGAUACCGGAGAUCCGAUUAAGAUCCCUGUCGGACCAGAAACUCUUGGCCGUAUCAUGAACGUCAUUGGAGAGCCAAUUGAUGAGCGAGGACCAAUCCCAUCGAAGCAUUUUGCCCCAAUUCACGCUGAGGCUCCAGAAUUCGUUGACAUGUCUGUCGAGCAAGAAAUUCUUGUCACCGGAAUUAAAGUCGUCGAUUUGCUUGCUCCAUACGCCAAGGGAGGAAAAAUUGGACUUUUCGGUGGAGCCGGAGUAGGAAAGACUGUGCUUAUUAUGGAGCUUAUCAACAACGUCGCCAAGGCUCACGGAGGUUACUCUGUGUUCGCCGGUGUUGGAGAACGUACUCGUGAAGGAAACGAUCUUUACCACGAAAUGAUUGAAGGAGGUGUCAUCGACCUUAAGGGAAACAACUCCAAGGUAUCCCUUGUUUACGGACAAAUGAACGAACCACCAGGUGCGCGUGCUCGUGUGUGCCUUACCGGAUUGACCGUUGCCGAAUAUUUCCGUGAUCAAGAAGGACAAGAUGUGCUUCUCUUCAUUGACAACAUUUUCCGUUUCACUCAAGCUGGUUCCGAAGUGUCUGCUCUUCUCGGACGUAUUCCAUCUGCUGUCGGUUACCAACCAACCCUUGCCACUGACAUGGGUGGUAUGCAAGAGAGAAUCACCACCACCAAGAAGGGAUCUAUUACCUCUGUCCAAGCUAUCUACGUGCCUGCUGAUGACUUGACUGAUCCAGCUCCAGCCACCACCUUCGCUCACUUGGACGCCACUACUGUGUUGUCUCGUGGUAUUGCUGAAUUGGCCAUCUACCCAGCUGUCGACCCUCUCGAUUCCACUUCCCGUAUCAUGGACCCCAACAUCGUCGGAAACGUUCACUACGACGUUGCCCGUGGAGUCCAGAAGAUCCUCCAGGACUACAAAUCCCUCCAGGAUAUCAUCGCCAUUCUUGGUAUGGACGAGUUGUCAGAAGAUGACAAGUUGACUGUGUCCCGCGCCCGUAAGAUCCAACGUUUCCUUUCCCAACCAUUCCAAGUCGCCGAAGUUUUCACUGGACAUCAAGGAAAGUUCGUGUCUCUCGAGGAAACCAUCCGCGGAUUCACCAUGAUUCUCAAGGGAGAACUCGAUCACCUCCCAGAGGUCGCUUUCUACAUGCAAGGAGGAAUUGAUGACGUUUUCAAGAAGGCCGAGGAGCUCGCCAAACAACACAGCUAA